UAAUUGAUUCUUGGAAUUUUUCCUGGGAAGGUAGCAGCUCUGAGUGACAAUGGUCUUUUUCAAGUUUUACUCUAUGGUGAUUUAUAUGGUGCGUGUAAUAUAAUAGAAUAUAGGGUAACAUUUCACCAUGUGGAUAUGAUAAAUUAUUAGUUGAUGUGCGCGUGACCUGAAAAGACUGAAGAUGCUUCAGUUUUGUUUCACUCCAACUCAACAAGAUAUUCCUCGACGUAAUCCAAUCUACAGCUACCAAGCUAAUCUGUCAUAAGAAAGCGAAGCACACAAAAGAAAAACACGUUGUUAGCCACAGAAAUUGAUGCUUCUUAGUUAGGCCUCAUUGUCUGUCCAUGAAAACUUAAGUUUUAUAGGUACGCUUUUCUGAAGGAAGAAUGGAUGAAUUGUACACUCUUUUUGCUAUAUCUGAAACCUUUGACCUUACUUUUGUGCUGUUGGUAAUUUGGAAAGAUGGCACUACGAGAAUUUUUCUCAGAGAGUGGUGUUGUAUUUUGAUAGUAUAAAGUUGGAAGUAUCGGUCUUUGGUUGGAACAAGGAACUUGUUGUUUGCUUGUUUAGUUGCAAUAAUGGCAUUGGCUCCUGUUCCAAAAGUGGUAUUUGGUUUAAUUGCAUUUGCAAUUUUCUGGGUCUUGGCAGUUUUCCCAGCUGUGCCGUUUCUACCUAUUGGAAGAACUGCAGGGUCCCUCUUUGGAGCCAUGCUUAUGGUCCUAUUCCAAGUUGUUACUCCAGAUGAUGCUUAUGCCACGAUUGAUCUUCCAAUUCUUGGUCUUCUCUUUGGGACAAUGGUUGUCAGUGUCUAUCUUGAAAGAGCUGACAUGUUCAAGUAUAUAGGGAAGUUGCUGGCUUGGAAGAGUAGAGGUUCAAAGGACUUACUUUGUAGGAUAUGUGUUAUCUCUGCUGUCUCAAGUGCUCUCUUCACAAAUGACACCUCUUGUGUGGUUUUGACUGAAUUCAUAUUGAAAAUUGCUAGGCAGCAUAACCUUCCACCAACACCCUUUCUACUUGCCCUUGCUUCGAGUGCUAAUAUUGGGUCUUCAGCAACUCCAAUUGGCAACCCCCAGAACCUGGUUAUAGCUGUUCAGAGUAAAAUAUCAUUUGGUAAUUUUCUGGUUGGUAUUCUUCCAGCUAUGGUGGCAGGAGUUGUAGCAAAUGCUACAAUUCUUCUAAUCAUGUAUUGGAAGUUAUUGUCCGUUCAUAAGGACGAAGAAGAUUCAGGGGCAGAAGCUGUGGUAGAGGAGUAUGAUUCUCAUCGGUUUUCUCCUGCCACUAUGUCUCAUUUUUCAUCCUUGAAUUCUCAAGAAUGGAAUUCCCAUCUUGAAGCUAUCAGUGUUCAGAACUCUCCUCAACAGAUUCUAAGAAACCGAUCAAUUGCAAGUGAAAUUAUUGGGGUUUCGAGCAACACUUUUGAUUCUGCAAGAAUCUCAAGUUUACCAAGGGAUGGAACAAAUGGUGUGCCAUCUCUGACAAAGGAGGAAACUAGUCCUACAAGUUCUUCAGCAACAGUGGAUACACUAAUUCACCCUUCCGAAAGAAAAAACAAUCUUAUCAUAAGAUGGAAGAGGGUACUGUGGAAAUCUUGUGUUUACAUCAUCACAGUUGGAAUGUUGGUUGCUUUACUUCUAGGUUUAAAUAUGUCAUGGACUGCAAUUACUGCGGCACUUGCCCUUAUCGUUCUUGAUUUCAAAGAUGCUAGGCCAUGUUUAGAAAAGGUUUCAUAUUCACUUUUGAUAUUCUUUUGUGGAAUGUUUAUCACGGUAGAUGGCCUCAACAAAACUGGGAUUCCAAGUGCUUUGUGGGACAUAAUGGAGCCCUAUUCUCACGUUGAUCGGGCUAGUGGAGUUGCAAUUCUUGCAGUUGUCAUACUUGUAUUAUCAAAUUUGGCUUCAAAUGUGCCGACAGUUCUGUUGCUUGGAGGACGUGUAGCAGCCUCAGCUGCUGCAAUUUCCAAAGCAGAUGAGAAGAAGGCAUGGCUGAUAUUGGCUUGGGCCAGCACCAUAUCAGGGAAUCUCUCACUGUUGGGAUCAGCUGCUAACUUGAUAGUGUGUGAACAGGCUAUCCGUGCUCCAAACCUACCAUACACGUUAACCUUCUGGAGUCACCUCAAAUUUGGCAUUCCCUCCACGAUCAUAGUCACAGCUAUAGGUUUGACAUUCAUAAGAUGAUAAUGCCAUUCAUGGAAAAAGGGCCUUGUAAGUUGAAGAUGUUCAAACAAAACGAAAGAAUGAAAAAACAGGGUUCUUGUCAAUAUGUUUUAACUUAUGGAUACAUUAUCAAGAAAAUGGAUGUUGAUGCUUUGUUAUCGAUCGUUUAUGCAAAAUAAAAUAUGUGGAGAUAGUUGCCAUAUGAUGCUUUGGAAUUUAGUAAGAAAAGGAAAAACAAAUUCAAGUGUUCAAAUAAUUGAAUUUUGCUUGUUCUUCUUUUAUCA